AGUCCUCAACAGUAUCAGAGCUUAGGUUUAAACCCUAGCUUUUUUUUUUCGAGACUGUGCUUCACCGCCGGUCUCCUCCCUCUCGCCGGUCGACCGUAAACGGCGACCAUGGCUCAACCUUCAGAUCCGCUUGCUUCUCUUCCCUCUGGCGCCAAGCUUCUUCUCCGCAAUCUCCAUAAUCUUAUCCCAGAUGAGCUCACCUAUUCAAAUUACCCUGCAUGGUCUCUCAAUGUCAGAACUGCUCUCGAGGCCAACCUUCUUCUUGGUUGGAUCGAUGGUCAUGAAGCUGCGCCCCCAAAAAGCCUAUCCAAGGAUGGCAAGGAAAACCCUAACCCAGAGUUCCAAACAUGGACUGUGAUCGAUACUCAAAUCCGUGCAUGCCUUCUUGCCGUCAUCAGUCCGUCUGUUCACAAGCAUGCCCGCAACUUCACCACAUCUGCCGAUCUAUGGAACGCUCUCGCUGCCCGGUAUAAUUCUGUUUCUACCGCUCACAUCUAUCAACUACGGGACAAACUUCACAAACUCCGAAAAGGUACAAAAACUAUCACCAUGUACCUUGAUGAAGUUGCCACUAUCCUCACCGAUUUAGAUGCUCUCAACGAGAACUUCCCAUCGCUGUUUGGCAUGAUUCUGGAAAUUGGUUUGGCUAAGGGACUGCUUACCCAUCGAUGGGAAGAUCUUCCCAUCGCUGGGUGGCAUGAUUCUGGAAUCCCGGGAUCACUUACCCAUGCAUGGGUGAAAUCUACCAUCGCUGGGUAGAUGGCUAGUCCAGAACCAUGGCUUAGCCGACCGGUGCUGAAACCCGACCGAAAAAUGCAAAGUCCUCCAAAGUAAAAACUAAGUAUUUAA